AUGUUCACCAUUUCCCUGCCCUCAUUCCGGUUCUUCACCUGGGGGAGACAGGUUAUUGACCUCCCGCCUGUGAAAGUGCAUGACGUCGAGACGGCUCAGGAGAAGCCGGCGCGGGCAUUGAAACACCUACUGAAGUUGAACCAUGCCAACUAUGCCAUUUUGUAUAAUGACCGCAGAUUUCAUAACCAUGCCCCUCAUAUUCUUAGCUCCGCGUUCCUGAACGGCGCGGGCACGGAUGAUUUGACUCGAGUCUAUGAGACGGAAUCCAAGUUGCUGGAUGCGUGGACAGAUUCACCAGAAGAAGUCACUACCCAGGACUGGAGAGACUUUCUAGGGCGACGAGAAUAUCAACGUGCCUAUGUGGACUUCUUCGAAGAUGAACUGGUCCGCUUUGGUUAUGACUGGAAGCAGGUCAUUAGCGAGUACCUAUUCUCGGGCAAGGCGCCUAUGUUCAAUGCCCUCAUUGCGGACCUGGGACACCCGCUAAUUCACAUGGCUUAUGCGUUUGAGAUGUCCAGCCGCGAAGUGGCAAUGGAGGCCCUGGGACUCGCAGCAACGUGCUACAAUAAUAUGCACAACUACCUCGAGGACCCCGUGUACACGAAACUCGAGGCAUCCUAUCACUCAACAUCACUCUUCGACAUUCUCCACAAGGUCCGUGCCGACAAGCAACUAGACGGCCUAUUCGCCACCCCAGGCGACCACAACCUCGAGCGCCUCUUCCAAACGCGCGAAGCCGUGCUCCUCAACCACUGGAACGCCUGGAACAUCAGCAACCCAAUCGAGCAGUUCCGCGAGAGCCAGGAGCUUGCAGCCGCGCUGCUCGUUUCGACUCACGAGGACUCGGGCGAGAAAUAUGACUUCUUCCUCGUCCACAUAAUGACAACAAGCCAUGCUGUCCGGGUUCUGUUGCCGUUAAUUCCCGGUCGAUUCCAAAUUCCGUUGCUUCGACAGUGGUGGCUGCUGACGCUAGCUGUUUAUAUUGCCCAGCUGCGGCCUGAGCUUUCUCUUGAGCGGGUCCGGGAAUAUAAUCUUAAGGGGAGGGACUGGAACUGGGCUGCCCAGAAGGCUGUAAAGGGUGAAUAUUCUACGGAUGCGCACUACGUCAAGGCGAUUCGGGCUUUGAGGGAGUCUGCCUCUACUUGGGGUGAUCAUGACAACUUCUAUCUCAAGGCGGCGGUCAAAUUUGCCGAUGAGUUUCGUGGUUGGGGUGGAUUUGUUUGA